AUGGCGUCUACUCCAAGCUCUACACUAUUAUCUCCUCUCUACGAAUCCAACACCUUCUGCAGCUUCACUUCUCUCCAAAAGCUCAGCUUUCCUCUCAACAACAAGCUUCUUCACUCGAAAUCUGUUACCUUAACAACAACCCAUGUCUCAUUACAAGAACAAUCCGACAUUUCAAAUCCCACUAAUUCCCGAAAAUCCCCAUCUUCCUCAAAAAGUAGCUACAUCUGGGUCAAUCCCAAAAGCCCCAAAGCUUCUCAGUUGAGGCAAAAAUCUUACGAUUCCAGGUAUGCUUCCUUAGUGAAAAUGGCUGAGUCUUUGGAUUCUUGUAACCCUGUAGAGGAAGAUGCGAUUAACGUUUUAGCUGCUUUGGGUGAUAAAGUAGUAGAACAAGAUGCUGUGGUGAUUUUGAAUAACAUGUCUAAUGCUGAAACUGCAUUGUUAGUUUUGAAAUACUUUCAACAAAGGUUGAAAUUGAGCAAAGAGGUGAUUAUUUAUAACGUGACAUUGAAAGUUUUGAGGAAAAGUAAGGAUUUGGACAGAGCAGAGAAGUUGUUUGAUGAAAUGCUUCAAAGAGGGGUGAAGCCUGAUAAUGUAACUUUCUCUACCAUCAUUAGUUGUGCUAGGCAGUGCAAUUUGCCUGAAAAAGCUAUUGAAUGGUUCGAAAAGUUGCCUUCUUUUGGGUGUGAACCCGAUGAUGUUACUUACUCUGUGAUGAUUGAUUCGUAUGGUAAGGCUGGUAAUGUAGAUAUGGCGUUGAAUUUGUAUGAUCGUGCAAGAACUGAGAAGUGGCGUAUCGAUGCUGUGACGUUUGCUACGCUGAUUAGGAUUUAUGGGGCUGCUGGAAAUUUUGAUGG